UCAGAGCCAUUGAAGUGAAUUCUUGUCUUUCCCAUUCGUUUUCGUGUUGAUAAGUCGCCUUCUGCACCAGUGAGUGUAAAGGCUAGACUAUCGCGAGGACAUACGCUCGACACUCUUGAUUAAUUUCAAUUAUUUUCGUCAAAGUAUCUGUGAUUUAUUGUAGAAACAUGAAGGCUGUAAUGCUUGCCGUCGUUUCGUUCCUGGCUGUUUUCGCCCCAGCUUUGGCCACACAAUGCUCAGUGGCGCCAGUGAACGUGCCCAAGGAAUGGAUCACCAUCCACGGCACCUGCCGCUCGGCCAUGAGACGCCAGAUCCAGAUGGAGGUCCGCGCUUCGCUCCAGUACCUGGCUAUGGGUGCCCACUUCUCUAGAGAUGGGGUGAACAGGCCAGGCUUCGCCAAGUUGUUCUUCGAUGCGGCGUCAGAAGAGCGUGAACACGCCCUGAAGCUGAUCGACUACCUGCUGAUGCGUGGAGAGCUGACUCAUGAUGUGUCCUCUCUCAUCAAGAUCAGGCCCCCGGAAAGCAAGACCUGGGAAGCCGGCGUAGACGCCCUGGAACAGGCCCUGAUGAUGGAGAACGAGGUCACCAAGAGCAUCCGCACCGUCAUCUCCGCCUGCGAGGACGACCCAGAGUUCAAUGACUACCAUCUUGUCGACUACCUGACCGGUGAAUUCCUGGAAGAGCAGUACAAGGGCCAGCGCGACCUUGCCGGCAAAGCCACCACCCUCAAGAAGAUGAUGGACCGUCACUCGGCCCUUGGAGAAUUCUUGUUCGACAAGAAACUUCUCGGCAUGGCCAUCUAAAGCCUUUUAACAUGUUAAAAAAUAGUGUUACCAUAGAGAAACGUCAUCUGUCAGUCGGCCAUUCUGAUUUGGCAACUGACAUUCAGCCAUUUUGUGUCCAAAUAGUGUAUUUAAAUUCUUUUUUGAUUGGUAAUUUAGCAUUUAACAUCUAUUAUAUGCAGCAGGGACGCAUACAUAUUUUAGGAUGGCCGUGUCGGUAUUUUUUUAUUUUAAAAUCAUUGUACAAAUUUUAUUAAAAAGUAAUAGCUACCAUAGAUUCGUUCCUAUCUGACGGCCGUUUAGAAACCAUUUCGCGCCAAUUUUUUUUAAAUACUUUAUUUUAUUUAAUCUUAUGUACAAAUAUUGUAGUUGUAAGAAUUAGAAACUGCUAGGCAUAAGUGUCUAUGCCAUUUAACCUAUUUAAAAAAUAUAUCUACCAUAGACUCAGUACAUUUUUUUUUUUCAUUUUACCUAGACUUCAGCCGAUUAUCAUUCAGCCUUUAAAAAAAAUAUUAUUUUAACUUUGUACAAAUGUAGUUUUAAGCAUUUUAUUACUCCACUAUAGUUACGUAUAUCAAGUCAAUUUAACUUUUAAGUGACGUUCCACACCCAAGGGGUCAUAUUUCUUAAGCAAUACUUUUUUGCUCUUGAAGGACCCUUUGUAUGUGCAGCAAAUGUGCAGUGUCACAAAUAGAUAUCAUGUAGGCAAAAAAUCAAGUAUUUGUCCUAUAGAAUAGAUGUUUGAAACACAGUGCUCAAGGCAUUUGCGUUACUGUUUAUAUUGUUUAAUUUUGGUAAAUAAAGUUUUUUCAUCCAUU